GCAACAAACCCGUGGUUGUUACACGUCAAACGACGAUUUCCAAUAAAAUGUUCUCUAAAUUAUAACUUUAACUGGUUAAAUUAAAUAAAUAAAGCUUGUAAAUAGUACUUUAAAUAAUUCGGAGGGCACUCGUAUGCUUAUGUGGAAAAGAUUAAACAUCGCUACGUCCGCUAAAUGAAUUAGACUAGUGAACCUUAUCAGACAAAAUGGGUGGUUUAUUUAGUUACUUCAGAGGGUUACUAGGGGCACGAGAAAUGCGUAUUUUGAUCCUCGGUUUAGACGGCGCCGGGAAGACGACAAUCCUAUACAAAUUGCAAGUGGGUGAGGUGGUCACUACCAUUCCCACCAUCGGGUUCAAUGUAGAACAGGUGACGUACAAAAACCUCAAGUUCCAAGUGUGGGAUCUCGGAGGACAGACCAGUAUUAGGCCCUACUGGCGAUGUUACUAUGGCAACACAGAUGCAAUAAUUUAUGUUGUAGACUCCGCAGACAGAGACAGAAUAGGGAUAUCAAAAGAUGAAUUGGUUCAUAUGCUAAGAGAAGAAGAACUAGCUAAUGCAAUACUAGUGGUGUUAGCGAAUAAGCAAGACAUGGCGGGCUGCCUGACCGUGGCGGAGGUGCACCAGGCGCUGGGGCUGGACGCGCUGCGCGACCGCACCUUCCAGAUCUUCAAGACGUCGGCCGUGCGCGGCGAGGGGCUCGACCAGGCCAUGGAUUGGCUGUCUAGCGCGCUGCAGGCCCGGAAAUAACGAAUAAUUACACAUGAGCUACAAAAUACGGGAUGCGGGAAGGAGAUAGCAGCCAGCGGCCCAGAGCGCGGGAGAGAGAUAGUAUUACCAUAGUCACCUGUAACUACAAUAGCGUUAAGUACUUAGCGUCGCCGCUUAAACCGUCGCAUGUGUUAGCAGGGUGCAGACAUAUGGCCAACUCUGGCUAAAGCAAAUGGGCUCGAGAGACUGCCAACUCGCACGAGUAGGUCUAAACAUGAGCAAUACCUAAGAUAAUAUCUACACAUUAGUAACAUUAUCUAUCUCUCUCUCCCUGCAUCUCUUUUCUCCGUCUUCUGUAAGACGUAUAGUUGGCCAACACGAGUGCCUUUAAAGCACCAAAGAGUGAGGCAUGUUGCCGAAUGGCGGGGAGACGAGCCGACAGUACUUAACAUAUCGGCGCCUACCUCUAAGUAUUCGCCUGAAUAGCCAUAUGUCUGUACCGGGCGUAAGAUAUCAAUAAAUCAAGCGUAGUUCCAAAUUGGCCAACCCUAGUCGCUAGUUAACUAUUAGCUAUUACACGCUAUUAAAAGUUCCGCUGCACGAUAUAAAUUAACGGUAUACAACACGGCAAAACGCACAACUAGAAACGUUCGUACGGAAUUUAGGUAAUAGGGAGUAUUACUGCAAUGUUCAGAGUGCAGCACUAAUUUGUUUAGUAAACCCUAUGGUUUACGUUACUAUAGUAACUUAAACAUACUAGGCCUUAGACAGUUUUUUGACACGUUUUCACUAUGACAUUGAUGUUCCAAGGCGGUUUGUUUACGGUGGCCUACCGCGAAACGCGAAAAUCGAAAUUUCUUUAUCUGCCUCUCUAUCAAUCGAAUAAGCAAGAGUGAUAGAGAGGCAGAAACCGAACUUUCGAUUGUCGUGUUUCACGGUAGGCCAUGUGAAUGACCUAGUGACGCAUGAUGUGUCAUUGAUCAUGGCAAUGAGGUUUGUUUACUGUAUGAAAGUGGUGCCACCUACGCAGAGCUUUGCCUAAUAUUCCCUGUUGCGCUAGUUAAAAUGUACAGCUGUUUUUAUACUUCACAUACGACUUCACACCAUAGCCAAAUCCAAAAAUAUUACCUCACAUAUCAGCACACCGGCUGCGUGUGAUGCGUAGAACCGUGCAGGCAUACGUCACGCAAGCAGUGUGCCGUCUCAUAAGGAUAUGUAUACAUAUUACAACGCGCAGGCGCACGGUGACUGCCAUAUUUUUUUUUACAAAUCAUUCCAGUUAUUUUUUAUUAUAUUAACAGAGUGCAAAAAAUGUUGUCGUAUGAAACAUUAAGUUAUUUAUAAAUAUUAUAGGUACCUACUGUUCAAGUUUGUUAAUCAUAUGAAAUCAGAAAAUACAUUUUCCUGUAUAAUGUUUUAAUCGAGUCAACGCGAUCCAAUUCGAUAGACAGCUUUUUUUAUCUUGAGUUAUAAGGUGUAUUUAUUCCGAUAGAUUUUGGACGAUUUGAGAAUAAUGUUCUGGUAGUCGGAGUAGGCGUAACGUAAUAGAUUUUUGACAAUGACCCUUUAUAUUUAUGAAUCUAUUACCUACCUUACCGUUUAACUGAUAGCCUUGGCUUCAUACAUAUAAGGGUCAAUUCAUGACUAUCAAAACUCAAUUCUUUCGUUACCCCGGCUAUAUAUAAUUGUACUCAGGUCAGUAUCUUUUCAUUAAGACUUAUGCCAUUAUUGUUUGUAGAUUUAUUGAUCUACCUACUGUUCAAAACUAUCACUAAAUUAUAAAAUAUCUUCUAGUGUUUAAACAAGAACACCAAACAACGAAAGAAAGAACCGUCGCUUUCACACAAUUCCUUUUAGAAGACCGCAUUCAAUUCGAUAUCAAAGAAGUUGUAGUGACAUCGCCCGUUCUUCGCUGCAAGUCGUAGUUGGAAUGUAAACUUUAUUGUGAUUCUCUCGACCCUAGUCAGGUAAAUCUACAAAAUUAAUUAAUAAUAGGGAAGCAUGAGUGGAGAAAACCGAACGGCGUCAAGUGAAAUAAAAAUGUGCCUCGGCAAGUUAAGUUUAUGUUGCAAUGUAUAAUUGUAUAUUGUGUCACGUUUUUUCCGUUGUGUACCUAUCGGCCGCUUCUUUGUUGCUUACCUGACCCAUAAAUUCCUAUGGUUUUGGCGGCGACGCUUGUCAUGUAAAAUAAAAAAUAACAAACAGUUUAGGACCGCGCGGGUAGUUAUUGCCUAGGAACUUGUAAUUAAUAAUUAUAUAUUUUGUAUCAGUGGAGUUCGUCAGCUAAUUUAUAUUAUAAUUAUUAUGGUAAGACACGAUUGUUCCAAAUACAUUAUCAUGUAUUAAUUUCA